AUGGAAUUCCUCCCACACACAAACUUUACCAUUCCUAUCCCUGACAUCCUCGUGCCACCGAAUGAGGAUGCCGAGGCAUCUACAAAAAUACCUCGUCCUACCAAUACCGAUGCCCCUCAAUCGCACGAUACAGAGAGUCCCCAGCCUGCUGAAGCUGAAGAGCCUGCUGAAGCUGAAGAGCCUGCUGAAGCUGAAGAGCCUGAUGACCCUGAUCCCGUCCAUGUUGUGUCGCCCGAUGCCGAUCAAGAAGCCAACCUCCAACUCGCUCAUCGUCUGGAAUCUGCCCAACAUGUUGAACCCUUAGCGAUAGAACACCCUGAUAUACCACAACCGGCUGCACCAAUAGAAGAAGAGCACCCUGAAGUACCCCAUCCCACCGAGUCAACCGAAUAG